CUGGUUGCCGUGCGCGCGCGCGCGCGCACUUGUCAUCCACCCUUCUCCGCGGUGUCGAGUGCGUCGAGACAGCGCGGGGUAUUAUAGCUGGCGAGCGUGGAUCGAGCGGAGUCAGUGAGUCACCAGUCGUUCGUGAGGUACCGUUAAACUGGGAAUGAGACGCGCAUUGACGCGCAUUUCUCUCGUCCCCUUCACGCAGGCGGAACUGCGAUAUUUGCGCGCACGAGUCGCACAGGAGUGUCCAUUGUUCGAGCACGAGGCGUGCGAUGAUUCCUUGAGGCACCAGGGCCUGAGUUUUUUUUCCCCUUGUAACGCGAUUCGUACGUCGAGCCGAGUAUAUAGCUUGAACUAUUCCGAAGGGAAGCAAUCAUGUGGAAACCCUUCGAGGCUGGCAGCUCGCCCGUGGACUGGUGCGAGCGCAACUACAACAUCUCGCCCAGCAUCGCCGAAUUUAUGAACACGUUGAGCAAUGUGGUCUUCGUGUUGCUUCCACCCGUGCUCAUGCACCUAUUUAGAGAUUAUGCACGUUUUGUGAAUCCAGGAAUUCAUGUAUUCUGGUUCUUACUGAUGGUAGUUGGGCUUACUAGCGCAUACUUUCACGCUACUUUGUCCUUGAUAGGUCAACUAUUAGAUGAAUUGUCUAUUUUGUGGGUGUAUAUGGCAGGCUUCUGUAUAUUCUUUCCCAGAAGAUAUUUCCCCAAUGUCGUACAUAACGACAGAAAGCUCUUCUCUAUAUGCGCAACGUUGCCCACUCUAAUCGCUACCGGCUUGAUCCUGAUACAUCCGGCCGUAAAUGCUUUCGCAUUGAUGAGCCUGGGCAUACCAGCGUUCGGAUUCUUGAUCAUGGAACUGAAGAGGACUACCUCGAUAAGAGUAUACAGACUAGGAUUGCGAUGCGGCGCUGUAUGGAUACUGGCGGUAUUCUGUUGGCUGAACGAUCGUCUGUUCUGCGAUACCUGGCUGAAUCUGAACUUCCCGUAUCUCCACGCGCUGUGGCAUCUGUUCAUCUUUAUCGCGAGUUAUACCGCAGGGGUGCUUUUUGCGUAUUUCGCCGUGCAGGAUGAGAAGCCGCACCAAUCGCCGGUGCUCAGGUAUUGGCCCAGAGACGACUUCGAACUCGGUAUACCGUACGUGACUAUUCGUAGUUACAUUAAUACGGAUUACAAUAUGAAUAUAUAGCUCUCGUAAGAGCUCCGAGAUCGUUAACAUCGUAACGUAUUAUUUAUUACGGUGAAGUAUAUCUAACAUUUGAAUUUUAUGCAAUAUUCAUGCGUUUAAAUGCGCAGAUGAUGUGUGGUGUUCCGUGAUUUAUAAAGAUAUAAAUUUUAUCAUAUUUGACGUCGUAUUUUGUUUUAAAGAAUCGAUUAUAAAGUCAUUAACAAGAAUUGAAUUUUAUAUCGUGUAAGAAAAUAAAAAAAUAUACAAGAAAUUUCUACACAAGUGCAUUGAAUACUUAAUUCAGUGAUAAUUUCACAAAUCACUAAAUGAGCGCGUAUGUAAUACUUGACUUGAGAUAUUCUAAAUUUACUGCUACUCUAAAGAUGCUUUUUAUUUAUUUAACAUACGAGAUUAUUGAAAAUAUCAAUGAUUAAGUAAAUUACAUGUCCCAUAGUAGCCUAAUAUUUCUACCUGACAAUUAGCAUUUCCUCUAGUGAUAUUAGUUAGUAAAAUGUUUCUCAUCUAAAAGUCUGGAACAGAUCUUUCCAAGAGAGUAUACAACUUUACAACAGACAUUUUCGUUUCAUUGUUACAAAUGAUGUAAUAAGUUCUGUACAUAAUUGAAAGCAGCGUACAUAAAGAAACGAAGUGAUUCCCCAUACGAGUAGGGAUUACAAAAUCGCAGAUAUUUAUGAUCAUAUAUGUACAUUAGCGAAUUAGAAAUUAUUUAUGGAAUAAUUGUGAUAUGCACUCUUGUUAACUUUUUUACAAAGGACUAUUUUAUAAAUGUGCUUUAAUACAAAUCGUAUCAAUCGUUAUUAAGAAUAUCAUACGCAUGCGUGUGUAUUUUAUAUUUUAAGUACCGGAUAAAGCAUGAAGAUAUAGCAUAAGUAUACUUAAUAAUGUCCUAUUAGUUAAUUAGAAUAGAAUCUCAAGAUUCUAACAACCGUCUUAGAUGUGAGACUACAUAUAUAUAUGUGCAAUAAGGAAAAAAAAUGUUACGGGUGAAGCAUUUAUUUUUUGCCAUAUUGUAGACUGUAACUACAAUUCUGGUUUAAUGAAACUAUGGCAAAACUGGAAUGUGUUGAAUUUUCUAUAUUACUUAUAUAAGCGUGUAAUUUACAUAUUAUUUUC